AUGGCUGUUCAGAGCGCCGUUGUAAUAGAGCGACAAGGGGCUGCGCAACUCGUGCACGACCGACCCGUUCCUAAACUACGAGAUGAUUACAUUCUGGUCAAGACGGCGGCCGUAGCCGUCAAUCCAACCGACUGGAAACAUAUACAAAGCUUGGUGCAGGUACCGGGUCCGCUAGUCGGGUGCGACUACGCCGGGACGGUUGUUGAGGUUGGCUCAAAGGUCACAAAGGCAUUCAAGAAAGGCGACCGCAUCUGUGGUUUUGCGCAUGGUUCAAAUGCUGUCCAGCACGAAGAUGGAACUUUUGCAGAAUAUAUCGUCGUUAAAGGCGACCUGCAAAUCAAGGUCCCCGAGAACCUUAGCUUUGAGGAAGCUGCCACGCUGGGCGUAGGCAUUACGACGGUCGGACAAGGCCUGUAUCAGGAACUCAAACUGGCGCCCCCAGCUUCUCCCACCACGACGGGGCAACAAAUUUUGAUCUAUGGAGGAAGCACCGCAACUGGCAGCUUGGGCAUCCAGUACGCUAAGCUCUCUGGCUAUACGGUGUUAACGACUUGCUCUGCACGAAACUUCGAGUUUGUCAAAUCACUUGGAGCUGAUGCAGUCUUCGAUUAUAACGACGAGCAUUGUGCGGCAGACAUUCGCAAGUUUUCGCAGAGUAGACUCGCCUUGGCGUGGGAUACGGUCUCCCUCGCUUCGUCUGCUGCAAUUUGCGCCAACGCACUAACCACUGCGCCUGGUUCGAAGUACGCUGCCCUCCUUCCAGUUGAUCUGGGUCGGGGGGACGUCGAAGUCUCUGUCACCCUCGCGUAUACUGCUCUAGGCGAGAGCUUCACAUUCGGCGCACGCGAAAUCCCGGCCAGCACUCCCGACUUUCAAUUCGCAAAGACUUUCUGGGAGUCCAGUCGCAACCUCCUGCAGGAGGGCAAAAUCAAGGUCCAUCGUCCAAGAGUUGGAAAAGGAUUGAGCGGUGUCCUCGAAGGGCUGGAGCUCCUAAAGUCCAACAAAGUCAGCGGGGAGAAAUUGGUUUAUGUGCUGGAUAUCGGGAAAGAUUAG